AUGUUAAUCAAUUAUAAGGGAUAAGAAAUAAAAGUUGGCAAUAUUGAUUUCAAUAGUUUGAUUGAAAUAAUCGAAGCACGAUUUGCCUAUGAACUUCAAUCGAUGUAUUAAGUCAUCUAUCAAGACGAUGAUGAUAGCAAUCCAGUUUUGAUUGUUGAUGAUGAUUCAUUGCAAGGGGCUUGUAAUACAUUAUUCAUUUUUUAAGUUAAUCUAUGUCAAACCAAAAAUACCUAGCUUGUAUUAGAAGUUUAGAAUGCAAAUAUUGAUGCCUCCAAUUACAUUCUAAAAAGACAAAUUAGCACCGAAAAAUCAAAUAUCUAUUAAGAGAGUCUGCAUCAGAUCAAUGAAAAAUUGAAGGAGUAUAAGGAACAACAGAAAUAUCAAGAAAUUUAGGAAUCCAUUUAUGAAGUCAAGGAUGAGGAUCUCACCAUUCAAAACAUAAUGCAAUAUUAUUAAAACAAAUUGACCAAGUUUGUGGCCAAUUAUCAAAAGCAAUCCAACGAACACAAAGCAAAACACUACCAAUAGUAUCAAGAAUGCUUCGGUUCCUUAUUGGAAAGAAUGAAUAAGAAAUUGUAGAAUCAAUUUGAACUUAUCACAUAGCAAAAGAAGGAAAUUCGAUAAGAUGUAGAAAAUCUAAAUGAAUUUAAACAAUUCAAUUGA